AUGGCGGCCCUCUUCGACUACUCGCGCUGGGACAACAUCGUGGAUUCCGACGACGACGCGCCGCUCAUGGCGGCCCCCGCGGCGCCCGAGGCCACGGUCGACCCCGUGGCGCGCGUCGGCGCCAAAGACGGCACGGCGAGUGCGACGGCGCUGAGCCGGGCCCUGGCCCUGGAGCACAGCGCGACGACGGACGUGGCGGCCAUCGCCGCCGGGCUCGGCAUGGCGCCCGGCGCGACGGUCGCGUCGCUCCAGGACGCGCUCGUGAAGCACGGCGCGGGCGGCCAGGCCGCGGUGCUGCCCUUGAUCGCCGAGGGCGCGCCGGACGCGGCCGUCGUCGCGCGCGUGCGCGCGGCGCGCGCGCGGCGCGCGGCGACGGACGCGGCGUCGGCGCGGAGCGCCGCGGGGACCGUCGCGCGCACGGAGGCGAAGAAGCAGCUGCGGCUCGCGCGCGCGCUCCUCGGGAGCGCGGGCGGCGUCGACGAGCUCGAGGACACGGGCGCGUUCCGCGCCGCGGGGCCCGGCGAGGACCUGGUCAACGUCAUGCUGCGCACGCUCGAGGACGCGGAGACGCGCAUCGCCGAGCGCAUCGUCGCGAGCGCCGCGGCGAGCGACGAACCCGGCGAAAAAAAACGCGAGGACAAGGUGCUCCACACGCCCUUCGAGACCGUCCUCGCGCGCACGGCCUUCAAGCUCGGGCCCGGCCGGGAGGCCCUCGCGUCGCUCAAGGCGCGGGGCUUCUGCGUCCUCGACGACGUCCUGGCGAAGGAGGACGCGGACGCGAUCUACGACCACGCGUCCCGCGCUUUGGCCCGCGGGGGCCUGCGGCCCGCGCGCGGCGACGACGGCGCGGCCGAGGCGCCCCUGCCCGUGGCCCUGGGCCUGCCGACCAUCGCGGCGCUCGACGCGUCGCUCUUCGACGUCUUCGAGCGCCACGAGCCCGACGACGAGGCCGCGAUGGCGUACCGCGCGGCGGUGCAGGCCGUCGUCGGCGUCGCCUACGAGCUCGAGCGGGGCCUGGAGCUCGACGACGCGCUGGCCGUGCCCGACGCCGUCCGCCUCGCCGCCUACGCGCCCGACGGGUCGGCCCGCGCGAAGCGCGAGGACUGGUCGCCCUACGACGACGCCGACGACCGCGAGAUAAUCGCGACGCUCUUCGUCAACCCGCGGGACUGGUCCCACGCCGACGGCGGCACGCUCGUCGUGCACGACGACGCCGGCGCGGCCCACCACGUGCUGCCCCUGCCCGGGCGGCUCGUCGUCUACCUCGCGCGGACCGUGCCCGUCGAGGACCGGCCGUGCACGAAGCGGCCGCGGUUCUCGCUCUCCUGCGCCUUCGACCGCCGCGCGCCGGGCUACGACGUCGACGACGACGACGAGGACGAGGACGACGCGACGGCGCGCGACCCCGAGGCCUUCGCCUACGAGCUCGCGCAGAAGCUGAAGGACCAGGCGGAGCGGAGCGGGGAGGCGGUCAGCGCCAAGUUCAUGGGGCCCAUGUACACCGACCUCGGCCCCAGCGACGUCACCGUCGUCGAAGGCGCGACCCCGUUCGAGCCCGGCGACCACGACAAGGAGAACGACAUCGGGCUCGUGUAA